GCUUUCUCCUGUCUGUUACGACCCAUGCACGCAUUGGAACCGGAAGCAGUCGUAAUCCUGAACCGUACGCGUGCAACAGUAUCUGAUUUUUAUAGGAAAACUGUCCUGACAUGAAAGGUCUCAAUGUUGACUUAGGGGAUGCUUUUCUCAUUCUGAAGGAGCUUGAGGAUUGCUGUACACAUACUAGGAGCCACUAUUUAGAGGGAAGUCAUGUGAAGUCUGACACACUAUCAAAGCUUUCUGUUUCCUCCGAGAGCGCGUCUUUCAAGGAUUUUUCCAUGGACUUUCUCGAAUCGAACUUGCAGUUCGUUUCCGAACAACUAGACAAAAUUUUCGACAAUGCAACGUUAGCACACAAAGGUUAUCCCAGUGUCGACCUUUGGAUGUCCUUUGCACUUCGAGACUUGGAGAUUGGCACUCAAUCCAUAGCCCAGGAGUGCAUACGUUCAGCGUAUAAUCGUGUCGUCCCCCAUUUUCGGCUUGGUCGCAUGUACGCCUGGGCGAGAGACCAGUUGUCUAUUGAUGCAGACGAUGUCGAUGCAUCACGUUUGCGGCUACGUCUUCGCCGUAGACUUGCUCGGCUGGUUUGGCUCGUCAGAGCUAGCAAACGACGCGGUCGGUUACAUCCAAUGCUGGUCUCUUUGAAGCACGAACUCUUGAAGAUACGAACGCGUUCCACAGGACGAUUGCUAUCUGACAACGCUUCCUGUAUGGAGCUCUCGAUCACAUGGAAAGACGGUCUCCUACCUCAACUCGGGUGGGAGCAAGCCUACGACGUGUGUCUCAAACAGGUGGUUCCUUCCCACUUUCACAACGCAUUCGAGCUAUUAAUUGAUCGAAUAACUGACCUCUUUCUUGAACUACCCGCUCAUGUACCAGGUGUUUCAAUAUCCGAUGUGCUUGCUCCCCCUUCUGAUCGAAAGGAAUGUUAUCGUGAGCUUGUGGCCCGGCUUAUACUCAGCUUUUACAAUCAUCUGGAUCCUGGGUCUGAUUUAGCUGCGGAGAAUGGUGACGAACAUGAGGGAUUCGGUUCCAACGACCUGACUGCCGCCUCGGAUUCGGAGACCGAAGUUCGCGAUGGCCCAAACUUGGAGACCGGUUCGUCUACAGUAGCAUCUGAGCUUAACCCAGCCUACGUUCAGGCCGCUUUGGAUCGGUUUGAUCAUUAUUGUCGCAGCAACAGAAAGCGCACAAUACCUAGCUUCGCAGCUGCCGCUGAAGAAGAUCGCCUCGCCAUCGAUACGAUGACGAAUUCCAUGCAACCGAUGGCGAUUGACCCACCGUAUAUGAACCAGGAUGAAGAUAAAGCCGAUGUUUUGCCCCAUCCGAUGCCGGUGUUCCCGAAGCCUACUGAGUCUGAUCAGUCUGAUUAUAAAGGAACAGAGAACACAGAAGAGUCUAACAAAGAACUACCUCUUGAUGAGAAUCCCGUUCCACCGGACGCGAAUGUCACUAUACCAGAAGAGACUCAUGAAACUGCAAAUAAUCUCCCUUUGGAGAAGGUUGUUCCUCCUCCCCAUCCUUCUUCUUCCUCAUCGAAGCGCAGAACAAAUCGCUCUCUGCGCACCCGUAGAAGUCGCACUCCGUCAGACGCCAGCUAUUCGGAGGGUGAGGUUUUAUCGGAUUCUGAAGAGGAGCGCGCGGACUCAUUACCGGAAGUGGAAGGUCAGAUCACGGAGAUUGGCGAGCGUACGAACAUUGACAUAGAGGAAGAAGAAGCCGAGGAGCUUAUUCGGAUGGUAAAUGAUCAGCUUCGCGACCCUACUCCUGCCAGUGACAUCGAUCUGACGGAGCUGGAGAUAAUGGACGAAUGGGCCCCACCCACCUCUUCGCUUAUGGUUGCCUCGCGCUCUGAUACCUUUGGUGAUGAACCCACGGCUGUUCAGACUGACACUCAGUUGGCUUUAAAGCUGGAAGAAGUGGAUAAACAAUUGGCUAGUUUACUCAAGGAAGCCGAGGAGUUGUGUGGCUCCGAGUUGAAUGCCCUUGUCUUACAACACGAAAAUGCGCCUUUUUCUGAUGCCCAUCACGUUGAUAUUGUCUCUGCACCCAACACAUUUACACUUUCCGAGGACACUGAGGCCAGCAUCGAAAGGACGGCAUCUGCUUUUAAGGAGCACGUUACGUCAGUACUGGCCAAUUUAUUGCACGCAAUGCCCACACUAGGUGAAGCCGGUAAUCCCCAGUCAACUUCCACCAUGCGUCAAGUCAUUACCGGGCGGAGAGGAUCCCGCUUACUUGGCAUGCUCCGGGCCUAUCGACAGGACGUUGUUAAGCGGAUGAAUGUUUCCGUGACCUGA